AUGCCCACAAUGGCCUCUUUGAAGAUCUACAGACGCUCUGAAAAUGCCACCAUUCCCACCAGAGGCUCUCUUCACUCGGCUGGCUACGAUCUCUACUCCUCGCAGGACACUGUUAUUCCAGGCAGAGGACAAGCUCUAGUCUCCACCGACAUUUCAAUGGUUAUUCCAAUUGGCACCUAUGGCAGAGUUGCUCCCAGAUCUGGUCUAGCUGUCAAAUAUGGCAUUUCCACUGGCGCUGGUGUUAUUGAUAGUGAUUAUCGAGGAGAAGUCAAAGUCAUGUUGUUCAACCACAAAGACGAAGCUUUUACUAUCAAGAAGGGCGAUAGAAUUGCCCAAUUGAUCUUGGAAAAGUAUCUUGUAGCCGACAUUGUGGAAAUUGAUCUCUCUCAAUUGGAUCAAACUCUGAGAGGCGAAGGUGGUUUUGGUUCUACUGGCGUUGGUUUGAAAAAUUAA